AAGAAUUUAGAUUUAUUUUUUUAGCUAUAACCUCCCAUUAAAUAACUUCCAUCAUUUUUUUUAAUAACUUCCAUCUUUCCUAUUAUUUUUUUUAGGCGUAUAUACACACUUUUCAGUGCGUUUCUGGUGCAGCCAGCCGUACGGUGCGGCCGGGUGUCACAUUAGUAACCACUAGAGUAACCCCCUAAAGUGACCCCUCUAGUAACCCCACUUACGUAACCCAUCUAGUAAUCCUUCAAGUAACCCCUGACCGGACCUAGUAACUCCUGACCAAGUAACCCUGAUCGGACCUAGUAACCCCUAAUCCUACACCACCUCAAAGCCUUAAACUCCACCACACCACCACCACCACCUCCCGUACCCACUGCCCACGCCACCAGCUGCAGCACCAGAUCCGAUCCACCCAACCUAACCGGAACCCACACCCAAAACCCACCCUAACCACCAGCAACCACGCUGUUGCCACGAAAUUCGAACCCAAAACCACCCUAACCACCACGCCACCAUCAACCACGCCCAGCAACCCACACCUAGCCCUGAUACGUAUCCACCCUAACACUGACCAAACUCGAACCCACACCCAAAACUAACCCAACCCAGCCUAACCACCACGCGCAGCAACAAACCCAAAUCCAACCAACCCUAACCACCACGCGCAACAACAAACCCAAAUCCAACCCACCCUAACCACCACGCGCAACAACAAACCAAAAUCCAACCAAAACACAAACCAAACCGGAAAAAAAAAAAUCAAAUCUAACAAAUACCUUAAUUAUUAACAAUGGCUUCAAAUUUCACUUCAAAUAGGCUAAAAAGGCCAAAUUCGACCAUGAAAACACUAGAUCUAGAGUUUUUAUGGCUGAAUUUAGCCUUAAAAAACCUCUAAGUUGUUUUUCGACGAUGGAGUACGAAGAGGUUCACGACGACCACGAGCUAAGUAGAAAGAAGUCAACGGCGAUUAGAGUUGGAGAAGAGGUCGACGACGAUCUGGGUUGGAGCAUGAAGUCUUGCUUUAAGGAUGAGAAAGUGGAGGAGAGGAGAGAAAAAAGAGAAAAAAAUUUUAAAAAGUUUUUGUGGCUGGCCGUAUGGUGCGUUGCCGUAUAUAAAACAUUUUUUUUAGGAAACGUUAGUGUGUUAUUAUUAAUCAAGGUUCAAAGCAACUUUCCCCUCAAAAAAAAAUUCAAAGCAACUUUGUCCGAAAGAACAUACGGGAAAACCUUAGAAGGACAAGGUUCAAACCGCAUAUAAACCUUUGUGAAAAUGUGCUGUGGUUAAUUUAUUUACCUUUUCACCACCUUAUUUACGGAAUUACAUUGACUCAUUGAGUGGAAUAGACAACUUAUUUCAUUUUGACACAAUUGAGCAUUUUCUCUCUUUCUCUCUCUCUUCAAAUUCUCUUUCUCUCCUCAAAUUCACAAAAUCUCCAGUUAGUGAUUGCAGUUGUUGUGACAAUUUCAAGUGGAUUUGCGAUUUCAAUUUCAUGAAAGCACCAAAAUUUGCAGGUUUGGAGAGAUAUAAAUUGAAAUUUUGGCUGAGAAAGCACCCAAUUUUAAAAGUUGUAGUCAAAUGAAUGCCGGGGAAACAAACUACAUUCUUCUUCCAAAUGAUUUGUUAGGGGGUAUCUUUUCAAGGCUGCCUGUAAAAGACUUGUUGCGAUUAAGAUGCGUCUGCAGGUCAUGGUGUGCCCUCAUUGACGAUUUUAGCUUCAUUUUGACACACCACCGUGCUCAGUAUGCAAUCCACAAAGCAGAUGGCGAUGUGCCACUCCUCAUUUGGUAUCAUGAUUUAGCAUGUGGAGAUCGGUGCUAUCUUUUAUCUAAACACCAAGGGGGUGACGUUCUUUUGAAUUUGAUAUCAGAUGUUGAACGUGAUAGAAAUUAUGUUCUUACUGUUGAUCCAAAUGUAAUAGUGAAAGCUCUUUGUAAAGGCACUGCAAAUGGCAUUAUUUGCUUCGAAAUUAUAUUGUUUCAUAAAGAACGGAGUGGCUAUGAUCUCUAUGAAUACCGUCUUGGCUUAUGGAAUCCAGCCACAAGAGAUUUUAAGAUUGUUGCAUAUCCAAAAGCCCCAGAUCAACGGUUCCCCCAAGGCGGUCAUGUUGUUCGUGGCUUCAUGUACGAUGCUAUGUCUAACGAUUUCAAGAUUUUGGCAACAUCUUGUAUUGUGUGUGACCCUGACUCAUACAUAAGUUUGGCUUAUGAUAUUUACUCACUGAGCACCAACUCAUGGAAGAGGCUUAGUAAUCAGCCAAUUUACUUGGGUGCUCGUGGCCCUGGCCUUGCUAUUGUCUCACCUUCGACCAUGGAUACGUUUGUAAAUGGUGUUUAUUAUUGGAUUGCCUCCUUGUCUACUGGAGACGGAACCAAGGACUGGAUCCUUUCAUUUCAUUUAAGUACCGAGACAUUUAAGUUAUCUGAUGCACCACAAGGGGUUGUUCAGCCCAGUUUGCAUUUAUAUAAUGGGUCCAAAUGGGAAAUUGGUCUUUACAAAGAAUUCCUUGCGCUAUAUGUUACCCAGAAUCUCGAGCAAGUGGGUAGCAUUGAAAUCUGGGUGGUUACUGAAUUUGACAAUUUGGGAGCUCCAAUAGCAUGGCAGUGCUUGUUUGUAACUUCACCUAUCCAUGUACAAUAUGGUCCAUAUGCCGUUGGAUCACGGCUGGAUGGUGAUCUCCUGGUCAAAAUUGCUGAUACGCUGUGGGUUUAUGAUCCCAGAACAAGCCAGUGUCGAGAUUUGAGUGUAAAAGUUGGUUACUGCUUCAGUUAUGUAGAGAGUCUAUUCCCUCUGUGAAGGAGAGUGAUCAGGAGUUAAUAAUGUAUCAUCUCAUCAUGUUCUGGAUUAUGUAUGGAUUUGCUUCAAAUUGUGGUUUGGAUGGUCUCGCAUAUUGUCUAAGUGAUCCAUCUAUUAUGGCAGAGGCUAGAGUUCCUGUGGCAAGAGGGGAUGAUCAUCAAUUUAUGAGGUAGUCUUUUUGUUUGUUGUGUUGGAAGCUUAUUAGCUCAAUUGGUCGAGCACUGUGAUUUCACAAGAUGUAGAUUCUGAAAAGCAUGCAUUAGAGUACAAAUCCUUGAGAAAUCUACUUCAGGAUUCUGAAAGUACUGUUGCAAGUUUGAGAUCAGAAAUAGAGGCCUUGAAGCACUCUAAGGAAAUGAUUGAGGAACAAUUUGAAAUUUACAAGAUGGGAAAUGAAGAUCUGAAUUUGAAGCUUUUGGCAGUCAAUUCUAGAAUGGAUGAAUCCCACCAAAAGAUUGCAUCCUUACUGGAAGAGAUGAAGAAUAAGGAGAAUCAUUGUGAAGAGUUGGAGGCAAAAUGCCACAAUUAUUUGCAGGUCCAACUAAAGAGGGUGCAAAAGGCGGAUACCAUGAAACAUCUCGAUCAAGGCAAAAAGCAACUUAGAAAUGAAUGUGAAAUAUCAGGAGCUUCAGAGAAGCUAGCAGAGUGCCAAGAAGGAAGCAAUGGCCUCAUCACAAGAUGCUGUGAUUUCUGACAAAUUCAUCUCCACUCCAACUAGGAGUGCUCCUGGUGUUACCUCAACCCCGGAAUCUGAGAAAAAGCUAGCUAGCCAAAGGUCCUCUCUGCUGGACCAAAUGCAAUAUACUGAUGAACCUGAUCAACUUGAAUCACCAAAAACCAAGGAAAUUAUAUGUACCAACCAUCAUUCUGGUUCACAAAAUACUGGUAACGUUGCUGCAAAGAUAAACGAUGACAUUGCUUUGGGUCCUUUGGCUAUUGUACCAUACCAAAAACCACAGGUGGACCUUUUAAGAAGCUCUUGAGGAGGAAAAAGAAAGGCCUUAGUAAAAAGAUGCAACUUCCAUUUGAGGCCUGAGACACAUGAAAGCAAUAACUGAUGCAUGGAAAUCUCAUUUGGGCUGAUUUCGGAGUUGAAUCUAGUUGAGUUGAGUGAUUCUUUGUUCUAGUCCCACAAUGUUUAUUUUAUAAAAAAAUCUUUUUAAUGUUUUCAUACUUUAAUUAAUGCUUAUAUGUAUCCCUAAGAGCUAUGUAUAACAUUUUCCUUAAUGGGUAAUGUUGUAGUAUUGUAUUA